GAGAGAGCUGGAGCAGAAGCAGCAUCUGCUCUGUGUAUCCUCUCUGGGAAGAUGAAGCUCCUCUUCCUCUUCCUCCUGCUGACUUUUCUUCUGUUUAAUGAGACUGGAGCUGUGGGGUAUGUGAAUAUGGGGCAUUCUCUUUCAGAUGAGAUCAUUGGGGGGAAAGAAUCAAGGCCCCAUUCCCAUCCUUACAUGGCUUUUCUGGAUAUCAUACGUGGUAAUACAUGGGACUACUGUGGUGGUUUCCUGAUUCACAGGGAGUUUGUGAUGACAGCAGCCCAUUGUGCAGGAGACUCCAUCACAGUUAAACUUGGAGCACAUAACGUCAGAAAGCGAGAAAAGACUUGGCAGACCAUUAGUGUCAAGCGUCAGUUUCCUCACCCAGAAUACAAUGAUGAAAAGAUUCUCAAUGACAUCAUGUUACUACAACUGGAAAAUGAAGCCAUGAUGACAACAGCAGUAUGGCCUGUCCCCCUGGGCUCCAGAUUCGAUUCUGACUCACCUGGACAACAGUGUCUAGUAGCUGGCUGGGGAGGUACAAAACCAAAGCCCAGGGGAUCUGACACUUUACAGGAGGCGGAACUGAGAUUAAUGAACCCCAGUAACUGCAAAGGCUUUAACGAUUUUGACGAGAGAACCCAGUUGUGUGUAGGGACUCCCAACUCACUUAAAACAACAUUCUCGGGAGAUUCCGGAGGACCCCUCGUUUGUUCUGGUGUGGCCCAAGGCAUUGUCUCCUAUGGAAACAAUGAAGAACCGCCUUCAGGCUUCACAAGAAUUGCUUAUUACAGCUCCUGGAUCGACCAAAUCCUAAAAGCAAAUUAGCCCCUGUGGCCCUGGCUCAGCAGAAAGGAAUCUCCCUCCUAGGGCCCAGCCUCUUCUCUGGGACUGUCCCUCACCCUAGGAUUGUCCCCCUGCCUGCCCAGCUUCAUCCCAGAGUCCAAGAUGUGGGGGGGAGGGGAGGAGAGUAAAGGAUAUGAAAAGUUACUCUGGACAUUGAACUGAAGGUUGACUAUGACUGCAAUAAACGGAAGCAUCCA